ACCUAUCUCUUUCUCUUUUCUUCAUCUCUACCUCUUCUUGCUUAUGCCUGUCUGCCGUGUAUCGAAAUCGAAGUUCAAUUCAAAGAAUCGUUUAACACCGUACGAUCCGAUUCGGCAGAGUAAUAAAGUAAUUUGAAAUUUUAAAUCGUGCGCGAAAAUCGUACCACGCGACCUAUAGAUCGAAAGUGCAUGUUCAAUGAAUUGAUUGUCAGUGCGAUUUUUCAUCGUCAAAUAACGCGCGUUAGAAUCAAUUUUAAUAUAAACGAAUACUGCAUUGUUAUUAAAAAUACAUAAAUAGAAAUUCUCAUAUAUACAUGUACAAUCGUAGGGGGUAAUAAUUGUAGAUUGUAUGGACUGUGUAAAAAUAAAUUUCUGAGAAGUGCGAAGAAAUUUUCUGUUAAGUCGACGAGAAGGAGAAGAUACUGGACGAGUUAUUUAUGAGAUCUAUUUUCACGCAAGUUGUGUGUUACCUUAGUGGCCUAAAAAUAUCAGUGAAAUUUGAUUAGGCACAGCUUGAUGGUUCAGUAAUAAUACUUAUUUGAAUUGUUUAAAGGUAAUGGACAUUAAAUCACCGAUUAACUCUUUUGUAAAAAACAUUGAGCAAAACGCGAAGAAAGUAUUUUCAUCAUCGGCUAAGGAUAAUGAAGGCAAUCGUUCACCCCGAAAGAAUUUUACGCCGGUUCGAAUUAAAGAGGAAGAAACCGAUAAUGAAAUUCAGGAAUAUGCAGCAACAACAAUGAGUGAAUUAUUAGGCUGGUAUGGCUAUGAUAAAGUGGAUAGUGGUUGUACAAAACGUUUGAACUUGGACCACUUUACAUCUAAUACAAAGGAUAAUCAAAUGCAUCAAAUGGACCAAAACAUUGCAUCAAACAAAUUAGUAUUAAGAGAUUCAGUAUCACCAAGUGCUUUCAAUUCACCUUCUGAAGUUUCAAGCUUACCAUUGCCAUGUUCUGAAACUAUGAACAGGCAAUUAUCAUCUCCAGUGGAAUUAAAAACACUGUCAUUUGAUUCUACAUCUAAAUUUCCUUACCAAAAUUGUAAAAACUCUACUUUUUCAGAUAAUGAAAUAAGAUGUUCCUGGUGUGGUAGAACAAUAAAAACAGGAACUUCAGAAGAAAUAAAUUCUCUUUCUAAUAAUACAAUAAAUGCUCUGAGACACUUUUGUAGCGAAGAUUGUUUUAUAGCUGGUAGAAGAGCAGUUUUUAAACAAGCAAAAACAUGUGACUGGUGUAGGCAUAUAAGAAAUCCAAUUAGUUAUGUUGGUUUUCAGGAUAGUGAAAGUCCAUUACAAUUUUGUAGUGACAGAUGUUUAAAUCAAUACAAAAUAAACAUUUUCUGCCAUGAAACCCAAACUCAUUUGAUGCUUCAGGGUUUGAAUAAUGCUUCCUUUCACGACACAGAGAAAGGUAGUUUAAUAACUCCAGAACUUUGGUUUAGAAAUUGUCAAUCACCGCUAAAUAGUCCUACAGAUGAUACAUUUGUAGCUGACAACAAUUUAAUUUAUAAUUUAUCAACCCCUAUGCCUAAUAAUGGAACAAAGGAAAUGGAUGAAAAUAGUAAUGAAGGACCAAUAUCUAAUUCAAAAAUUUCGACAAAGAAAGAUUCAAUUUACAUGAAAAAACAUUCAAAAAGCAAUAAUUGUAAUGAGAAAAAAAAUUUUCAUAAAGGAGUUAAUGAAAGUGACGUCAAUGAAUGUGUUAAAGAACAAACUCUAGCAAAUGAAGGAAACAAAUGUUGUCAUUUUAUGGGUAAUCAAAAUUAUUGCAGUGUUAAUGUUUCACAAACAAAUGACUACAAAAGUUUCAAGGAAAACUGUAACUUGAUGGGUAUCAUAAAUUAUAAUUUAUGUAAUCAUCAACAAAAUGAUAGUAUGAUUGGAGGAAAAAAUAUACAAGAGAAAGAUCAUAAUUCAUUGGAGGACAUACUAAGAUCAUCACCUUGGUUUUCAAAGACAGCUACAUCUUUAACACAAUGUCCACUUUUACCUAAAACUUGUACACAUAAAUUGAAUCAAACAUUGAAUCAAAAUCAAAUAGGUGUAAGUUCAAGAACACCUGUACAAUCUAGUCAAAUUAAUUCUUCAAUUCAUUCAUCACCUGUAACACUUUUAUCUCCUGUUACAGUUUUAGCACCAUAUCCUAUACCUAUACCUAUACCUAUUCCAAUCCCUAUUCCUGUUCCCAUAUCAGCACCGAUUCUUAAUGACUUUGUAACUGAUAAACAAGAAGACUUUACAAGCACUGAAGAUUCAAAAUAUGAAGAUAUAAAAUGUCAAGACAUAGUGGAAGAUAAAUGUCUUGUACCACAGAAGUCACAAUUAAAUGGAAGUGGAACUAUGACAGUGACAAAAAGUACAUCAAAAUCAAUGAAAUGUUCUAACAUCAAUAAUGAAAGCAAUGAUAACUUACGGCAAUUGAAACAUCAUACAAAAUCAUUAAGAAAAAGAAAACACUCUAAUGAAAUUAUUAAUGAUAAACAUAAGGAUAAACUAAAGAAAAGAAAUAAGUUUAUAGCAGUUUAAAAGACAAUUUAUAAAAGAUAUCUUUUUUAUAAAAU